CUUUUCUUCAUUCUCACUGAGACUCUCCUUUCUAUUUAACUAUGUCUCUCUGUGCCCCAAUCACAAAAUCAACCAUUCAAACAAUCGAAUCUUCAAUGGGUACCUCUCGUCCAUGUCCUACUCUCAAGUCGCUAUCCAACAAAUUCGGAGGAAUGAUGCGUUGUUGCAAUUCGAAGAAUAGGUAUGAGAGGUUGGACAGUAAGCUUGAGAGGAAAAUGAUGGAGGUCAAGCAAAGCAGUACACCAGGAAAUAGCAAUAUCAGAUCCAUCAAUAGCAUAAUUCUAAGGUUUCCGCAGCUCAGAAAAGGAUUGGAAGAGAUCAGAGGUGUUUUUCAACAGUAUGAUGUUGAUUCGAAUGGGACUAUCGACCGCGAGGAGCUAGCAAAAUGCUUACAAAAACUGCAAUUCGAAUGCACGGAUCAGGAAAUCGAUGAUCUUUUUGAGUCGUGUGAUCUGGGUGGAAGCAAAGGCAUGAAAUUUAAGCAGUUUAUCGUUGUUCUGUGCCUUGUUUAUCUCUUGGAGGGUACUUCCUCCUCUUGGCAUAAGGCAACAACAAUGCGAUCUCUAGAGGUUAAAGCAACAUUUGAUACCAUAAUUGAAGCUUUCUUGUUUCUUGAUACAAAUGGCGACGGAAAGUUGAACAAGAAGGACAUGGUCAAGGCUAUGGAUGAGGCCUUCCCUAUGGAGAAAUCUCCGAUCCACAUCACCAGGACCCGAUUCAAAGAAAUGGAUUGGAACAACGACGGGAAAGUCGGCUUCCGGGAAUUCCUAUUCUCUAUGAUCAACUGGGUUGGGAUCGACUCCAAUGACGAAGCUCACACGACAGGAAUCUAAGAACAGCACUGGUAACAAUAUAAGAUUGAUUUGAAUAUGUUUAUAAUAUGCAACAUUUAACUUCA